AUGCCUUUAUUUGGAAAAUCAGCUAAAAGUCCAGCUGAGGUGGUUAAAUCUCUUAAAGAAGCAAUAAGUGCACUGGAAAGAGGAGACAAAAAAGCUGAAAAAGCACAAGAAGAAGUCAGCAAAAAUUUGGUUCUUAUUAAAAAUAUGUUGUAUGGAACAUCAGAAGCAGAACCUCAUACUGAAAUAAUUGUUGCUCAAUUAGCUCAAGAACUGUAUAAUUCAAAUUUGCUUCUCAUAUUAAUUCAAAAUUUAAAUCGCAUAGACUUUGAAGGGAAAAAAGAUGUGGCUCAGGUUUUUAAUAACAUUCUUAGACGCCAAAUAGGGACUAGGUCACCAACUGUGGAAUAUACAUGCACAAAACCAGAAAUAUUAUUUACCUUGAUGAAGGGAUAUGAGCAUCAAGAAAUUGCUCUCAAUUGUGGGACAAUGCUCAGAGAAUGUGCACGAUAUGAAGCAUUGGCUAAAAUAAUGCUUUAUUCUGAAGAUUUUUUUAAUUUUUUCAGAUAUGUGGAAGUUUCUACUUUUGAUAUUGCAUCUGAUGCAUUUUCUACUUUUAAGGAGCUUCUCACAAGGCAUAAAGUUUUGUGUGCUGAAUUUUUAGAAGUGAAUUAUGAUAAGGUAUUCACACAUUAUCAAAGAUUAUUGAAUUCUGAAAAUUAUGUUACAAGGCGUCAAAGCCUCAAACUUUUGGGAGAACUUUUAUUGGAUCGUCAUAAUUUUGCUGUUAUGACAAGAUAUAUAUCUAGCCCAGAUAAUUUAAAACUGAUGAUGAAUAUGCUUAAGGAAAAAUCUCGAAAUAUACAAUUUGAAGCUUUUCACGUGUUUAAGGUAUUUGUGGCCAAUCCAAACAAGCCUAAACCAAUAUUAGAUAUUUUAUUGAGAAACCAAGAGAAAUUGGUGGAAUUUUUAACUAGGUUUCACACAGAUCGUUCUGAAGAUGAACAAUUUAAUGACGAAAAAGCUUAUCUCAUAAAACAAAUAAAGGAAUUAAAACCGGUGACAGAACAUUAG